ACCAUUCUGAAGUAAGUUUCUUGGUUCAUGGUGUUCCUGUGCCGGUUUUCUACAUCAUUUGUGUGCGGACCAGAUUGGCGGAUGAUUGUGUGUUGAUAGUGUAUGUUUCCUUCGCGAAAAUGGAUGCGGAACGACAACGUUAACCGAAAUCCGCCACCGUCACAAUGGCUUUCGUGCGCCUCGUGGCGAUCCUGGUCGCUGUUUGGGGGCCAACCCUUGCGACCACGUCCUUGGCAACGAACGAUGUGCACCUACCGGAGGAAACGGACCAUCGGCAGCACCAAAAGGGGACACAAAUGAACCCGAAAGCCAGCGCGACCCCUUUCGUGACGUACCACGUCGAGCAUGAGCAGUCGGAGUACGACGCUCGCCGGUAUGUGGCCCUUCUAAACGAAUCGGAAAUUCACCGUCUUCCGAGUUGGUGCCACAAGCACUGCAACAGCUCCUUGCUGCACUAUUGCCGCUCGAAUAACUUUCUCAACGACCACUGUUGCUGUGAAUACUCGCACACCAAAGAGCAACUGCCAUGGAUGCCUCACACCUGCCUGCGCCAGUUGGGCGAACGUUGCAGCGCGAACGCCGGAUCGUGCAGUAACUACCGCGCGAUCAAAGAGUGCUGCUGCGAUCGGCUUACGAAGCUCGAAUAUAAAAUAAAAUUCUCGGCGGCCACCAGUUUGAAAGCGUUCCUCGUCUCAAGGCUUACAUUGUUCGCCGGAUUAAUUAUCACACUUGUGACGACUACCACAGCUGGAUGGCCAUAUCUACUCAGUUAGCAUACUCAUUGCUGCGCAUUUCGGACAUAAGUGACCUUAUUGACACGUGAACGGAGCGGAUUAUUCACGGCCCACUUUCGGUGCAUUCCGGUAAUGAUUUUAUCGUGGUUUCUCCAUUUUGUGUCCGACUCAUUUUACCGCACCGCUUAUGAUGCAGUGAUUAGAAAGAUGUCAUUCACCGGUAUGGAAUAGUUAUAGCUAGUGAUCAUAACUAUAAAUGUGAGAAAGUGUCAUUCUUCUGUUCAUAAGAUAUGUUGUUUAGUUCCUAAUCGAUUACGAAAAAUUAUGUGUUAUUGCGGAUCGUGGUUGCGAAAACUAAAUGAAUAGUAUUUUAAUUGUGGUUGUAGUUGACAAAUUAGAGAAACAGUAAAUUUGCGCAGGUUCUUUUGAAGCAACCUUGUGUCCAAUACGCUUGCUAUUGUUUCAGCACCAUUUUUAGUGAGGUAAGGUACAGAAUUAUUUUGUUCUGCCCAAAGAGUUAAUUGGUUUUUGUAAGUGAUGUAAUAAAGAGCAAACAAACGAUUCGGUACUUAAAGCAUAGCGUGGUGCAGUAACACGACGAAGUAUAGUAAUUUGAUGAUAAAUUUAAGUAUGAUGCCACAUCGGUUUCAAAGCCUUUUUUUCUAUUCUUUUAAAUAUUAAGGAAGGACCGUUUUAAUUAAGUCUUAAAUGUAAUCGUUUUCUCUUAUUCAACCAAUGGAAGUUGUUGAGACCGCCAUGUUGAGACCUUGGGUUCAAUUGUUUGAAUUGUGCGCUUUUUUCACACCAACAAAUUAAAAAAUUGGUUACUUCCGACGGGUAAUAUAGUAUAAAAAUGUCCAUACACAAAAUAAAAACAAAUGAUACCGUUACCAAAACAAUUACAAUAAUUGUGACAUAUUCUUUUACUAAAAUCAUUUUUACAGAGGAACGAAUUAGGAACGAACGAAA